AGUUGCUCGCCAAUAAAUUUACUAUAUAGUUGCCUUCGGAGUUCGGUUCUGAGUAUUUGGGGGAUGCCAUUGACAUUUACAUUUAAAAACAGAGUGUGCGACGCCAGGUAGGCCGCUGACAGAUGCAUGACAGCAUUCACGCAGAGUAAACAAGGAGCGGUUGGUCUGUUUCAAAAUAUACAUGGGUACAUACGAUUUUCCAUUUAAUUUUGGUGUUUUAUUAUUACGCGAGUUAAGAUUUAUAGUGACUCUGUGAACGAUUUGGGAAAAUGGUGUAUUUGAAUAGUGUUUUCGUUGCUUGGACUAUGGAAACUAUGUUGGAGUUGACUAUUUUCGUGGGAUUUUUGUAUUGGGCAUUUCCUGGAUUAUUUUCGGAAGGUCUAACAAGAGUUAACAAAAUGGUGGACAUAGUAACAAACCGUGUUUUUGAUACCUACAACAAAUUUUCUCCGUCGAAUAAUAAUCACAACCAGUCUGUGGCAACGUCGACGAUUAUGAGAACAUUUUCUAGAGACCAGAAAUUCAAGAAAACUUAACCAGAGAGGCUGAUCAACAGGCUGCAGAAAAUCAACUAUUCGAUAGCAAAGACAAUGUACCAGAUGUGCAACUAGGCAAAAGAAGACCAUUUAUGGGACUUAGUUGUCAAAAUUGUACAUUAACUAGUAGGGAAUCACUAGUGAACAAAACAACCGAAAUCUUAGCCUUAAGAAAUAUCCUGGACUACCAGUUACCAGUCAGCAGCGGGUUUAUCCGAAAAACGUUUUCUCACUUGUAUCAAGUGUCACAAAUCAAGACCUAUAAAUAUCCACAGGUGGCAGAUCUAGUAUUGGAAGAUAGCCGUCUUAAAGAAGCCAUCGAUAAGGCAGCCAUUCAACAGUUUCACGAUGCCAACAAUAGCGAUGAAGAGUUUUACCAAAAGCUCUUAAAAAACAACCAGCAACGCGCGAAGAAGUUGCUAUUUGAUAUGAGAUCGACGCUAUCAGAUUUUUUACUUAAGUUUACAUCAUGGGUUUGUUACAAACUACUUCCUUGCUUCUUAACGUCAGUUGUGGUUCACCCGGGCCAAGUUGAAAUGUUGAAGAAAGCUGGAAAAUCGAGUCUUCCGCUCAUUUUCUUACCUUUACAUAGGUCACAUUUGGAUUAUAUUUUGAUAUCGUUUAUUUUGUUAAACAAUAAUAUACGAUCGCCGCUCGUGGCAGCUGGAGAUAAUUUGAGGAUACCAUUUUUUGGAUCUCUGUUGCGAGGAUUAGGAGCAUUCUUCAUCAAACGCCGUGUAGAUCCAGUGAUGGGACGCAAAGAUCAUAUAUACAAAGCUGUACUACACACCUACAUGAAUACGUGUUUAAGGGCCGGACAUAACAUUGAAUUUUUCCUUGAAGGUGGAAGAACGAGAACCGGAAAGCCGUGUAUGCCAAAAUAUGGAAUACUGAGUGUUAUUGUAGACACUUUCAUGGAUGGUACGAUAGAAGAUGCCCUUUUGGUGCCAGUUAGUGUGAAUUACGAAAAAUUAGUUGAUGGAAAUUUCAUUCGUGAACAAUUAGGCCAACCAAAAGAAAUGGAAACGUUUGGCAAUGCCGUUAGAGGUAUUUGGAAGGUUCUGAACAGCAAUUAUGGUAUGAUGAGGAUAGAUUUUAAUCAACCGUUUUCGUUAAGGGAGCUUAUCAAAACAUUUAAUGCAAAUGGAAAGUUGCCCAUACCUAAUGGUAUACCUCACAAGCUGCAGUCUAAUCCUUCCACGACUAGUUUGUAUGGUACUGAUGUAGUGUCAGAUGAACACAAGUGUAUUGUCGAACGGAUCUCAAAACACAUUAUUUAUGAUUGUGCACAAUCUUCUUCUGUGAUGUCAACAAACGCACUCGCUUAUUUAUUAUUGACAUGCUUCAGGGAUGGUGUCAGUAUUGAAAAACUUGUUGUAGCAUUCGAUGCAUUACGUAGAGACUUAGAAUACGAAAGAAAAGAUAUCGGCUUCACUGGAGACUCCAUAGAUGUUAUUAAUUACGCCGUUGAAAUGUUAGGACCAGGUCUGAUAAGAAAAGAAAAAGUCAAUAACGAAGAUAUAAUUAAACCAAUAGCAAUUCUACCAAACGUAAUCGAAUUAUCCUAUUACAGUAAUACUCUGGUGACACAUUUUGCACUGGAAUCAGUUAUUGCCAUCGCCAUAGAUGCUAUGGAUCGCACGUCUGGCAACGUUGUCCAGCAGGAUCUAGUCGAAAACGUCCAGGAGCUCUGUGAUAUGUUACAAUUCGAGUUUUUGUUCUGUAAACCGUGCCAAAACCUCGAGCAGAUCAUUACCAGCUGCAUUGACGAUUUAAUUGAUAGGAAACAAAUAUUUUUAGUGGACAGCGAGGAAGAAAGUGAAUUAAAUAUAAGAAGCAGGCGGUUAGCUCGACAGUUCGAUGAUGAUGAGCACGAAGAGGAAAGAGUUUCUCCAAAAAUAUACAAACUGAACCCCAAUAAAGAGGCUGUGGAUGCGCUCAAGUAUCUUAGAGUACCGAUAGCACCGUUUGUAGACACCUACGCCAUCACUGCAUUUACGCUGGACAAAUUGGUUGGAAGGCAGCUCUUAGAGUCAGAACUACUCAAUGAUGUGUUGGAGGAACUUAAAUCUCAGCUAUCGUCCGGAGGAAUAAAAUAUGGAGAAAGCGUUUCAGUGGAUACGAUUAAGAACGCCCUAAAGCUGUACCAACACUGGGGCAUUCUCGAGUGCCAUUCGGAGAAAAAGAUGAGGUUGUACUAUCUCCAAGAAAGCCAGGACGAUUCUGAAUGCGUCUCCGCAUUGUAUCAAAGAGUGCAAAAGUUCCGGUAACAAGUGUUUAGGAGGCCUUAGUACGAGAUAUAAGUAUCGUGAACGUUCGUCAACUUUUGAUAUAUUUUCACAUUGGAACAAGGAUAUUUUCGAAGCAUCAGAAGUUUUCAGACGCUCUUGAAAUUAAUUCAACGCCGAGUGAUAUUCAUUAUUUACUCAGAUCCAACAAUAUUUUUCUUGUUUUACUUAAUUUAAGAAAAAAAAAACAUAUCCCUAAGAGAUAUAAUUAAGAAAAAAUUUAAAAAUAUGUACAUACAAAUUUAAAAAAUUAAAAUAUAAAACAGAUCUAAAAUUAAAGCUAUAAAAACGGACUACCCCCUUUGUCCAUAAUUAAGUGCCAAUAUUUCUUUAAAAAAACUAAAAUUUUCCUCAAAUUAUCAAAAUAAAUUCAAAAACAAAAUUAUAUAUUGUAUUUAAAGUCAAAUACCCACAUUAUUCUAAAAGAAAUUAUUUGACACUUUGGCCCUGCAGCGGAAGCCGAAACAUCAAAUAAAGUCUUUAUGUAAUAAUUUUCUGUUUUAUUUGAAAUAUAUUUAUAAUGGAAUGAACUUUUUUGCAAUUAAAGCAGCUUUUGCUCAAUUUUUGAAAAAAAUGGACACUUUUGGAUGGAGGGUGUAUUUUUUUUAGGGAAAACAUAUUUUUGUGGGUGACAGUAAGUAAUAGUACAUUCUGGUGUUAUUAAAGUGUUUAGUUUUUAAGUUGUGUAUAGGUUUGUACAUUAGAAUUUUUAUGUGGUUGAUUUUUAUACGAAUUGCUCAUAGGGAUGCAUUUUUUAAUAAGAUGUCGAGUACUGUGAUACAAAAAUUGAAAAUGAUCAAUCUUAUCGAUUUGGUAUCUUCAUACCUAAAUAGAUAUUUAAUUAACAAUAAUAAAUAUAUUAUU